GCUAGCUUCGACGCCGUGAAUAAGCAGCAUGUUUCUGGCUGCCUUCAACAUACGCGCGAGCAGCUGCUCGCUGAUAUUCGGACGUGGAUUGACCAUGAUAGCGAAAAGCGCAUUUACUGGCUCAAUGGAAUGGCCGGCACCGGGAAGACUACCAUUUCCCUCACGAUUGCUCGCGAAUAUUAUAAAAAGAAGCAGCUAGGAGCAAGCUUCUUCUUUUCCAGAGGUAGUGGUGACCUUGCCUCGACUAGAAAGUUUGCGACUACCAUGGCCGUUCAGCUUGCUGAAUAUUCUCCGGUAUUGCGACAGCAUAUUAUAGCUGCUGCUACGUCGAAUCCUAGAAUCAGCCAACUCGCUCUGUAUAUCCAGUGGGAGAAGCUCAUCAUAGAGCCUUUGAGUUUAUUAGAACCUCAAACCGCUCAAUCUCCGCUCCUCAUAAUUGUCGAUGCUCUUGACGAAUGCGAUAGCGAACGGGAUAUGGCACUAUUGAUAGAGAGCUUCGUGAGCACAGUUGCGACUGUUAAAAAUAUACCACUUCGGAUGUUUGUUACAAGUAGGCCGGACCGACCAAUUAAUCUUGGGUUUGGCAUUGUAUCCAUCAAUUUACGUCACUAUUUUGCCCUUCAUAGUAUUGAACAAUCUAUCGUGGAUAGCGACUUGAUGAUUUACUAUCGUCAUCAGCUAGCACAACUGUCUCAGCGACACAGCUGGGAUGAAGGCCUAACAUCUGACGAUAUCAUUCAGUCUCUCGUGCACAAAUCUCACGGAUUAUUCAUCCACGCCGCAACUGUUUGUCGAUUUAUUGAUCAAGGAGGCAUUCUUGCAGAACAACGGCUUUCGAAUCUUUAUGCCCUUGGAUCUUCCAGCUCUAGAGCGGAACAGGAACUUGAUCACAUAUACACUACAGUUCUGGAAAACUCGUUUAACGGGCAUUUAGAUGCUGAAGAAACUAUCAUGUUACAACGACGGUUUCAAAAAGUUGUCGGGUCAAUUGUGGUUUUGUUCGACGCGUUCAAUCUAAGUCAUCUCGCUGCUAUUAUUGACGAAUCAAAGUCAAGGAUAAUGUCAGUACUCAAUACCCUUGGGUCUGUUUUGGACAUCUCAGAAGACGACGAAAAUAAGAUUGAUACCCUGCAUCCCUCUUUCAGAGAUUUUCUCCUGGAUUCAAAAAGAUGCUGCGACGAAAAAUUCCAAAUUCCCACCAGACAGCUGCAUUAUGAACUGUUUGAACGCUGUUUGGUGAUUAUGCGCAGCUCUCUGCACAAAGACAUGUGCAAACUCAAAAAGCCAGGAACAAAGGCGCGGGAUGUAUCAAGAACCCGAGUGAAUAAAUGUAUUCCUCCUUCAGUUCAGUAUGCCUGCAGCUACUGGAUGAAGCAUCUCCAGAAGAGUGAACGGGGUUGGUUCAAUCAUGGAGGCGUGGUAGAAUUCUUUCGAGCCGAUUUUCUUGGCUGGCUCGAAGUACUUGCUCUUUUGGGUCGGCUGACUGAAGGAAUGACUAUGUUGGCAAGCCUUCAGUCUUUGACAAGCAGUAGUGAAAAGGUGCUUGGUGAUCUUAUACGUGAUGCCAAGCGAUUUGCCUUUCAGCAUAGUAGUAUUAUUGCAGAGGCACCGUUGCAAGUGUAUUGCUCAGCGCUUAUAUUCAGUCCUGAGCAAAGCAUUAUCCGCCAAAUCUACAACAACCGAAUUCCGAAUUGGAUCACCCCUUCUUUUCAGAGGCGCGGUACAUGGGCCUCUUACACGCAGCUUCUGUGGCAUCCACACAAUCCCUGCACCUUUGCUUUCUCACCCAAUGGAAAAUAUUUGGCUUCUGGGUGUGAAGACGGAACUGUUUGGCUGUGGGAUGUCGUGACGGGUGCAAAUCAACGCAUUCUUGAGGGUCAUUCCGCUCUGGUUUCAUCAGUUGAAUACUCUCCCCAAAGCCAACUUCUAGCCUCUGGAUCACGGGAUGGCACAAUACGACUGUGGAAUUCUACGACUGGUGCAGCUCAAGGCAUUCUGACACAUGGCAAAAUAGCCAGUCAGGUUGCAUUUUCACCAGAUGGCAACUCACUCGCCUCGAUUUCUAUUGACACUCGCGUUGAGCUCUAUGAUGUUCAAACUCGGACAAGGCGGUGGCUUAGUAAAACUACAAAGGACCUCUCAGAUAUGGCCUUUUCGCCCAAUGACCGAGUCCUCGCUGUAGCUAUAGGUUCCGGUUCUAUUGAGCUGCUAGAUGCUACAUCUGGCCAUUUAACGCAUACUAUACAAUGCAAUACUGAGGACUCGCUUCACCGGACAAAAAUCAAAUUCUCGCCAGAUGGAACAUUUCUUGCUUCGCAAUUCGACCUCAAUACUAUCCGAUUCUGGGACAUGCCUAAAAAGCACAUCUUUUCUCCCAAUAGCAAGCUUAUUGCACUAUAUACCUCUGAUUACUCUAUCCAAAUAUGGGAUACAUCGAAUCUGAAGAAGAUUCACGAGAUCAAAACUAUGGACGCGUAUAACCGACUUAUGGCAUUUUCGCCUGAUGCUAAGCUUAUCGCAGCUCUAGCGAUGAAUGAGAAUUUAUCUGUAUUCGCCCUCGAUACAGGCACU